AUGGAGCUCACGCUGGUGUCCCUGGGGGUGACCCCCCACUUCCGCCGGUUCACUCCCGAGUCCCUGGUGGAGAUUGAGAAACGCAUCUCAGCCCAUCAGGCUGCCAAGAAAAGCAGGGAGAAAAGGAGGAGCAGAGAGGAGGAGGGUGAGAAGCUCCGGCCUCAGCUAGACUUGAAAGCCUGCAACCAGCUACCUAAGUUUUAUGGUGAACUCCCUGCGGAGCUGGUCGGGGAGACCCUGGAGGAUUUAGAUCCUUUCUACAGCACUCACCGGACUUUUAUUGUGCUGAACAAAGGGAGGACCAUCUCCCGGUUUAGUGCCACCCGGGCCCUGUGGCUCUUCAGUCCUUUUAACCCCAUCCGAAGAACAGCCAUCAAGGUGUCCGUCCAUUCUUGGUUCACUACCUUUAUUACCGUCACGAUUCUGAUCAAUUGUGGGUGCAUGACCCAGAAUGACCUUCCAGAAAAAAUCGAGUACGUCUUCACCGUCAUUUACACCUUUGAAGCUCUGAUAAAGAUCCUGGCGAGGGGCUUCUGCCUCAAUGAGUUCACCUACCUGCGUGACCCCUGGAACUGGCUGGACUUUAGUGUCAUCUCCCUGGCGUAUGUGGGUGCAGCUACCAACCUCCAAGGAAUCUCUGGCCUGCGAACCUUCCGCGUUCUGAGAGCAUUGAAGACGGUCUCUGUGAUCCCAGGGCUGAAGGUCAUAGUAGGGGCUUUGAUCCACUCGGUGAGGAAGCUGGCGGACGUGACCAUCCUCACCGUCUUCUGCCUCAGUGUCUUCGCUCUGGUGGGCCUGCAGCUCUUUAAGGGUAACCUCAAGAACAAGUGUGUCUGGAACACCACAACCUUCCCGGCGAAUGCCACCGACUCCACCGACAGGAAAGAGAAGUAUGUGAUCAAGGAAGGCACUUCGGAGCCCCUGCUGUGCGGGAAUGGCUCUGACUCGGGCCACUGCCCUGAAGGCUCCAUCUGCCUUAAAACUUACCAAAACCCAGAUUACAACUACACCAGCUUCGAUUCCUUUGCCUGGGCCUUCCUCUCCCUCUUCCGCCUCAUGACACAGGACUCCUGGGAACGCCUCUACCAGCAGACGCUCAGGGCAUCGGGGAAGAUGUACAUGAUCUUCUUCAUGCUGGUCAUCUUUCUGGGCUCCUUCUACCUGGUCAACCUCAUCCUGGCCGUGGUCACCAUGGCCUACGAAGAGCAGAACCAGGCCACCAUGCUGGAAAUCGAGGAAAAGGCAAAGAAAUUCCAGGAGGCCUCUGAGUUGCUGCAGAAGGAGCAGGAGGUGUUGGCAUCGCUGGGCAUUGACACAGCCUCGCUCCAUUCUCACAAUGAAUCACCACCAGCUACCCAAAACACCAAUGACCCCAGAAGGCAUGGAUUGAAAGCCAGGGUGUCCGAGGGUUCCGCCGACAACAACUCUCCCCAAUCGGAGCCUUACAACCAGCGCAGGAUGUCCUUCCUAGGCCUCACUGCGGGGAGACGCCGAGCCAGCCAUAGCAGCGUGUUUCAUUUCCGAGCACCUGGGCGAGAAAUUUCUUUCUCUGAUGGGAUCAGUGACGAUGGAGUGUUUCAUGGAGAUCCCGAAAGCCAACGCGGCCCUGUGCUAAUGGGCAGGGGUCCUGGACCACAAGACCCCCUUCCCAGAAUUCCACUGUCACAACCCCCCAACUCUGGCUCUGGAUAUGGGGAUGGGGGAACCAUCAUGUUACCUGUUCCUGGAGCCACGGAUGUCCCGGCAUGUGACCCAGGAGACAAGCCCAUCUUCUUAUCAGCAGAAUAUGUGAACGAACCUUUCCGAGUCCAAAGGGCAAUGAGUGUGGUCAGUAUUAUGACCUCAGUCAUCGAAGAGCUGGAGGAGUCAGAGCAGAGGUGUCUGCCCUGUCUGAUCAACUUGGCUCAGAAGUACCUGAUCUGGGAGUGUUGUCCCACCUGGCUGAGGCUCAAGACGCUGCUCUUCGAGCUGGUGACGGACCCCUUUGCCGAGCUCACCAUCACCCUGUGUAUUGUGGUGAACACAGUCUUCAUGGCCAUGGAGCACCACGGCAUGAGCAGCGCGUUCGAGUCCAUGCUGCAGACGGGCAACAUUGUUUUUACCACGUUUUUUACUGCUGAAAUGGUCUUCAAAAUCAUCGCCUUUGACCCCUACUAUUACUUUCAGAAGCGAUGGAAUAUCUUCGACUGUGUCAUUGUCACUGUGAGCUUGUCGGAGCUGGGAGUGGCCAAGAAGGGCAGUUUGUCUGUGCUUCGAACUUUCCGCUUGCUCCGUGUGUUCAAGUUAGCCAAAUCAUGGCCGACCUUGAACACGCUCAUCAAGAUCAUCGGGAACUCCGUAGGGGCGCUGGGGAAUCUGACCUUCAUCCUGGCAAUCAUCAUCUUCAUCUUCGCGCUGGUUGGCAAGCAGCUCCUGAGCGAGGGAUACAGAAAAGAGUGCAAGCGCAUUGCUGCCCAGGGGGAGCCGGGCCCCCGCUGGCACAUGAUGGAUUUCUUCCACUCCUUCCUCAUCAUCUUCCGCAUCCUCUGUGGGGAGUGGAUCGAAAACAUGUGGGCCUGCAUGGAAGUGGGCGAGAAAUACAUCUGCCUCAUCCUCUUCCUCACCGUGAUGGUGCUGGGAAAUCUGGUGGUGCUCAACCUCUUCAUCGCCCUCCUGCUCAAUUCCUUCAGCGCUGACAACCUCGCGGCCCCCGAGGAUGAUGGAGAAGUGAACAACCUCCAGGUGGCCUUGGCACGGAUUCAGACAUUUGUCCAUCGCAUCAGGCGGGCCAUUGGCAAAUUCUUCAGGCGGGCCUGUCGUUGGGGCUGGCCCAAGGCACGAUCCAAGAUGGUGGUGAAACUUCCACUGUCCACCAACAGCUCCAAGAUGGAGAACCCCCCUGCUGUGGACGGUGUGCUGGCCAGCUCGGACCUGCCCACGCUUGGAGAUCCCAGGAACCAACACGGCGACUUCAUCACCAACCCAAGUGUGUGGGUCUCCGUGCCCAUCGCUGAGGGGGAGUCGGACCUGGAGGAAGAGGAUGGUGAGCAGGAAGCUCAGAGUUCAGGACAGGAAAUGAGUCCCAAGGAAGUGGAGGAGCAACAGCAGCAAUUUGGGAGCCAAGAGGAUCACCUGGCCUGUAGGAGCCCAGGGUCUGGGUCAUCCUUUGAGGAUCUCGGCCCAUUCCCGGGGGGCAAAUGGACAGACAAGGCUGUUCCUCAGGUCCCUGCUGAGGAGGCGGAUGACGUGAGCAGCUCGGAGGGUAGCACGGUGGACUGUGUGGACCCUGAGGAGAUCCUGAGGAAGAUUCCUGAGCUGGCCAACGACCUGCAGAAGCCGGAGGACUGCUUCCCGGAAGGCUGUGUGCGGCGCUGCUGCCCGGGCCUCCCCGCAGACCCCGCCCGCUGCCCGUGGGCCUGGCAGGUGCGCAGAACCUGCUUCCACAUCGUGGAGCACAGCUGGUUCGAGAGCUUCAUCAUCUUCAUGAUCCUGCUCAGCAGUGGGGCCCUGGCCUUUGAAGACUGCCACCUGGACCAGAAGCCAGUGGUGAAGGCUUUAUUGGAAUACACGGACCGCAUGUUCACCUUCAUCUUCGUGUUUGAGAUGCUGCUCAAAUGGGUGGCCUAUGGCUUUAAGAAAUAUUUCACCAAUGCGUGGUGCUGGCUGGAUUUUCUCAUUGUUAAUAUCUCACUGGUGAGCCUCAUAGCGAAGAUCUUAAAAUCCGAUGUCCGAUCCAUCAAGGCCCUGAGGACUCUCCGUGCCCUGCGGCCCUUGCGGGCUCUGUCUCGAUUUGAGGGCAUGCGGGUGGUGGUGGACGCGCUGGUGGGCGCCAUUCCCUCCAUCAUGAAUGUCCUGCUCGUCUGCCUCAUCUUCUGGCUCAUCUUCAGCAUCAUGGGCGUGAACCUGUUCGCAGGCAAGUUCGGCCGCUGCGUCAAGCAGACAGACAAUGGAUUCUUGCUGGUGAAUUUGUCGACUGUGGACAACCUGUCCGAUUGUCGGGAAAAGAACGACACUGGCCACUUGUUCUGGGUCAACGUGAAGGUCAACUUUGACAACGUAGCCAUGGGCUAUCUCGCACUCCUACAGGUGGCAACUUUCAAAGGGUGGAUGGACAUCAUGUAUGCAGCCGUUGAUUCUCGGGAUGUGGACAGCCAGCCCUCGUGGGAGUACAAUGUGUAUAUGUAUUUGUACUUCGUCAUCUUCAUCAUCUUCGGUGGCUUCUUCACACUGAAUCUCUUUGUUGGGGUCAUCAUCGACAACUUCAAUCAACAGAAGAAAAAGAUAAGGGGCCAGGAUAUCUUCAUGACAGAGGAACAGAAGAAAUAUUAUAAUGCCAUGAAAAAGCUGGGAUCCAAAAAACCCCAGAAACCCAUUCCUCGGCCCCUGAACAAGUACCAAGCCUUCGCCUUCGACGUGGUGACCAAGCAGGCGUUCGACGUGAGCAUCAUGGCGCUCAUCUGCCUCAACAUGGUGACCAUGAUGGUGGAGACGGACGACCAGAGUGAGGAGAAGACCCGGAUCCUGGGCAGGAUCAACCAGUUCUUCGUGGCGGUGUUUGCGGCCGAGUGCGUCCUGAAAAUGUUUGCUUUGCGGCAGUAUUACUUCACCAACGGCUGGAACGUGUUCGACCUCAUCGUCGUUCUGCUCUCCAUCGGGAGUCUGCUGUUCUCUGCCAUUCUCACCUCCAUUGAAAACUACUUCUCCCCCACGCUCUUGCGUGUCAUCCGCCUGGCCCGCAUCGGCCGCAUCCUCCGGCUCAUCCGGGCCGCCAAGGGCAUCCGCACCCUGCUCUUCGCCCUUAUGAUGUCCCUCCCGGCCCUCUUCAACAUCGGCCUGCUGCUCUUCCUGGUCAUGUUCAUCUACUCCAUCUUCGGCAUGGCCUCCUUCCCCAACGUCCGGAGGGAGGCGGGCAUUGACGACAUGUUUAACUUCCAGACGUUCGCCAACAGCAUGCUGUGCCUCUUUCAGAUCACCACCUCGGCCGGCUGGGACGGCCUCCUCAGUCCCAUCCUCAACACCGGGCCUCCCUACUGCGACCCCAAUGUGCCCAACAGCUGUGGCUCCCAUGGGGACUGUGGGAGCCCGGCCGUGGGCAUCGUCUUCUUCACCACCUACAUCAUCAUCUCCUUCCUCAUCGUGGUCAACAUGUACAUCGCCGUCAUCCUGGAGAAUUUCAACGUGGCCACGGAGGAGAGCACCGAGCCGCUGGGCGAGGAUGACUUCGACAUGUUCUACGAGAUCUGGGAGAAGUUCGACCCCGAGGCCACGCAGUUCAUCGCCUUUUCUGUCCUCUCUGAUUUUGCAGACACCCUCUCCGGCCCUCUGCGAAUCCCCAAGCCCAAUCAGAAUAUCUUACUCCAGAUGAACCUGCCUUUAGUCCCCGGAGAUAAGAUCCACUGCUUAGACAUCCUCUUCGCCUUCACCAAGCACGUGCUGGGCGAGUCCGGGGAGUUGGACUCCCUGAAGGCCACCAUGGAGGAGAAGUUCAUGGCCACCAACCUCUCGAAAGCAUCCUACGAGCCCAUCGCCACCACCCUUCGGUGGAAGCAAGAAGACAUCUCGGCCACUGUGAUCCAAAAAGCAUACCGGAACUACGUACGGCACCGAUCCUCCGUCAUCUCCCGCACGUCACAUGCACCCAAGAACCCAGAGGGGGGCCUGUCGCCCUCGGGUGAACACGACGCUGCCUUCAUGACCCAGGGUGCUUGUGAGCUCCCCGACAAAUCCGCCACCACAUCGGCCACGUCCUUCCCACCGUCCUAUGACAGUGUCACCAGAGGCCUGAGUGACAGAGCUGGUGGGAGCACAUCCAGCUCAGUACAGAAUGAACUGGAAGUGACUUCCCCUCAGCCCUAG